CUCGUCUAUGUUUAUGUUGUCUAAUCUGUGAUGAACAAUAAUUUAAUGCACACCUUGAGCUUUUAAUGUUCUUAUCAUUAAAAUUGUUUUCGGACUUGAAUGUAUUGAGAUUGAAGUAGCAUGGAACCGGAAAUAAAUGAUAAUACGCAAACCCAAACUCAAACCCAAAAUUCUCAAGUGGAAUGGACCCAAUCAAACACUCCGACACCCAUACCUAAUAUCUGGGGAAGACUUUAUCUUUUGAAUUCAUGGAGAAAAGAAUGUAUCCUUAAUCUUGAUCAAUACUAUGAUCUCACAGAACCCGAGUUUUCGGUUGGUCGAGCGUUAGAUUCUACUUUUCCAAUCAAAAAAGAUACUGCAAGAAUUGAUAUUAUUAAAAAUGUUAGCAAGCGUCAUUUUAUUAUUUUGAGAGAUAGAUCAGAGACUUCAAGUCCAGCAGUAUUAACGGAUACAUCAUACAAUGGGACUUACAUAAAUGGGGUUUUAAUUGGAAAAGGGAAGAGCAGAGUUCUGGAUGACAAUGACGUGAUAGCAAUCACUCAUCCUACAAUAAGUAUGUUCACUUUUAAAGAUCUACUUAAAAAUGAGCAAGACAAAGUACCCAAAGAAAUCUCUCAAAAGUAUUAUAUUUCAAGGGUACUUGGCCAAGGUGCGUGUGGAGUAGUCAAAUUAGUUUAUAACAAAUUGACUUGUAUGAAAUUCGCAAUGAAAGUUGUAAAGAAAGGGAAAUUAACAAAUGGCCAGAUUAAUAAUUUAACAGACCCUGUCAAAGUUAUGAAUGAGGUGAACAUUUUAAAAGCUUUAAGACAUCCUUGUGUGACAUCAGUGGAAGAAAUAUUUGACUCUCGUGAAGCAGUGUACAUAGUGUUGGAGCUGAUGCAGGGAGGGGAACUGUUUGACCGUAUAACAAGAUAUGGGCGGCUGUCGGAGAGACUGACAAAAUUCUACUUUAAACAAAUGGUGCUAGCGGUGCAGUACUUACACUCACAAGGCAUCACUCACAGAGACCUUAAACCUGAGAAUGUGCUACUUGAGAGUAAGGAAGACGAAAGCCUGGUGAAGAUAACGGACUUUGGUCUCAGCAAGUAUGUGGGCGAAGACAGCUUCAUGAAGACAAUGUGUGGGACACCUAUCUACCUUGCACCUGAAGUAUUACGAGCUAAUGGAGUGGGUUGCUAUGGACCAGAGGUGGAUGUAUGGUGUCUGGGUGUUAUAUUUUUUAUUUGUCUGGUGGGUUACUUGCCCUUCUCCCCGGAGUACCAAGAGCUCCCCUUGAGCGAGCAAAUACUCUCAGGCCGCUAUCGGUAUUCGUCCAGUUGCUGGCGUGACGUCAGUCUUCAAGCCAAGUUGCUGAUGAAGCGAAUGCUUACCGUUAAUGUACGAAGGCGCAUCUCUCUAGAGCAGAUAUUAAAGCACCCAUGGAUGCAGGAUGACGAUAUCAACCUAAGAAUUGACGUUUUGUUGUCGCAACAUCAAUUAAAAAAUGAAAACGAAGAGAAUAAUAACAAGAAAGCCGACAUAGCUGUCGUCCGCCUAGUAGCAGCUAAUAAAAGACCAAUCAGUGACUCAUCAAACACGGCUGAGCCGAUUGCCAAAAAGGUUAAAGUAGGGAGAAGAGACGAAAAUGAUGACACUAGUUCAGCUACUAGCUGCUACUCCGAAGAAUGAUUCUUAUUUUGACAAUUAAUGUUAAGGACAGAAUGACUGACAGAUUGAACUGUCAAGUAAAUGACAAUGACUGGUUCAUUUAAAACAACAUUCUAUUUCCAUUGCACAAAACUUUCAAGUUAUGUUAUAGCAUUUUUAUUUUGACAGCGACGAUAAAAAACCCUUUGGGCCUUUAAGCGGAUUUUUCAAUUUUAUUUAAAAAAAAGUUAAGUGCAAGUUUUCUGAAGGAUUUGAUAUAAGAACUUUAAACUUAUAUCGCCUAAACUACUUAAAUAAUAAUUUGAAUAUAACUUAGAUUGUUGGAUUAUGUUUACAAGUGUUCAAAUAAAUAUUAACAUGUUUUUUUUUUAAAUUUUAAUUGUUGUCAAAUCUGUCUACGGAGAGUGCCGCUUUUAUUACAACAUAUAUGAACCUUUUCAAAUUGAACAUAUUUCAUUAGUAUGAACUGUCUUAUUAAAUUCAAUGACGAAAAUUAUGUAAUAAAUAAGCGCGUUUUAAUCCAGUAUUUUUCACCUAGAUUUAAAUCUAAAUUCUAACAGUAUUUAAAAAAAAAUAUCCCACCUAUAAUGUAAUAUUACGGUUCAAUAAUUUUAAUGAUACUCUUGUUGAAAUAUUUCUUGAUCUGUUCUGGUAAGGUGAGUCCGGUUUGAACCUAAAAACAUGUUAGACACUGUUUUUCGAGAUUGAGAAAUAUAAAUAUUUUGUUUUAUGAUUGUUUUUUAAUGAUGUUUAUUUAGUUCUUGUGAAUGUUCCCAUUUUGAUUGUUAUUUUAAAUUUAAGUUUUUAACUACCUCGUGAUAUUACCAAUAUUAUCAUAGAAGUUUCACCAAAAUUAUAGUUGAUCUUUGUUUCUUAGCUAUAGAUUUGGUAAUUUUUGUACUUAGAUUUGUAUUGAACUUGUAACUAUAUUUGUGACAAAAUUCAUAACUGUUUACGUUUGUUUCCAUAGGCUUAUGGAACAUAAUAGGUUCUAUAAUAACACAAAUAAAAAUUAUUUUAGUUUUAAAAUAAUGUUUUGAAAUUUAAAUUUGCGUUCUUCAAAGUACAUAAUUAUUCAACUGAAUUAUUUUAAAAUAAGUUUUGUGCCAUAAAUUGAUUUUUAUUCAAAUA